AGCACGAGGAAGUAGAAAAAAGCUCUAACUUACCAUGUAAUAACCUCUCUUACAAAAUGAUUCAAUGCAAAACACACAAUCUCGUCUUCCGCUUACAAUAGUUACGUUUAGAUAAUACAUUUAAAAAUAAUCCUCGAUGAGUUUAAGUUAGUUUAAGGAAGUUUCUCACGUGGUUUUAGUGAAAGUGAACGCAGCUUCCCCUCUGUCUGCUGCUGCACACGCGCCUUUCUCUGCAAACCUGUCCCACAGCUAAGUGCCUCAAACACAAUGGUGAACGUGAUAACAGUGUUUUUGAACGUCUUGUGUCUGUACUUGAGCUCCGCAGCGCCGCCAAACUUCAUCAUUUUCUUCGCGGAUGAUCUGGGCUUCGCGGACCUGGGUUGUUACGGGCACCCCUCCUCCGUGACCCCGAACUUGGACAAGCUCGCGAGGGGAGGACUGCGCUUCACCGACUUCUACGUCACUGUCGGCGGCUGCAGCCCGUCCAGAGCUGCUUUACUGACAGGCCGGUAUGAGACCCGCUCGGGAAUCUAUCCCGGGGUGCUGUACCCUGGCUCCAUUGGGGGGCUUCCUUUGAAUGAGACCACCAUCGCUGCCAUGUUAAAACCGCUGGGAUAUGCCACCGCCGCUAUCGGAAAGUGGCAUCUGGGUUUAGGGGCCAAAGGGACAUACCUUCCCACCAACCAUGGAUUUGACCACUUCCUCGGGAUCCCAUACUCUCAUGAUCAGGGCCCGUGUGCAAACCUGACCUGCUUCCCUCCGGACGUGAAGUGCUUUGGAGAGUGUGAUCUCGGCGCCGUAACUGUCCCACUCAUGAAGAACGACAAGAUCAUACAGCAACCGGCCAACUUCCUGGAGCUGGAGAAGGCAUAUAGUGACUUUGCAACUAAUUUCAUCCUGACCUCCACCCAGAAACAACAGCCCUUCUUCCUCUACUAUCCAUCCCAUCACACACACUACCCCCAGUUCGCGGGCAUGAGGGCAGCAGGGAGGACUUCCAGAGGUCCUUUUGGAGAUGCUCUGCUGGAGUUUGAUUACACCAUCGGAGACAUUAUGGCCACGCUAGACAAGACUAAGGUUCUCAACAACACUUUGGUUCUCUUCUCCUCAGACAACGGGCCUGAGUUGUUGAGGAGGUCUCGUGGAGGUACUGCUGGUCUUCUGAAAUGUGGUAAAGCGACUACAUAUGAAGGAGGGGUGAGAGAGCCUGCCAUUGCCUACUGGCCCGGAAGAAUCCAGCCUGGUGUCACUCAUGAACUGGCCAGCACUCUGGACAUCCUGCCGACUAUCGCCAAACUGUCAGGAGCCACGCUGCCCCCUGUGGCUCUGGAUGGAUUGGACAUGACAGACGUCCUCCUCCGUCAUGGCAGGAGUAAAAGAGAAUCGAUGAUGUUCUGGUCCCUAAACCCCAGUAAGAAGCAUGGGCUGUUUGCUCUAAGGCUGGGGAAAUAUAAGGCAUAUUUCUAUACAGAAGGCUCAGUCAAAAGCAGCACAGUACCAGACCCUGACUGUGUCGCCCCUCUUCAGUUCCAUGACCCUCCUCUUCUUAUCGACCUGGAGAGCGACCCGUCAGAGCACUACCCCCUCUCGCUGAAGGAACGCCCUGAUCUACAACACGUUCUGGAGGAGAUCAUGAAGGUCAAAGCCAGCCUGGAGGCCUCCAUGGAGUUUGGAGAGAGCCAGAUAGCAAAGGGACAGGACCCAAGUCUACAGCCCUGUUGCAACCCAGAGUGUAGUCCCAAACCAAGCUGCUGCCAGUGUCCUUAACUGUACACGUCUUGGUAAGGGCAUGAUUAUGUUUACAUAUGCUUAGAUGAAGAUGGUAUUUCAUAUUUUUAAGGGAGACAUAUUUUGCUAAUUUUACUUUUUAUAGCUUUUGAUAAUGCAUGUUUGAGUAAUUUUUAUUCUUCUGCAUUCAAGACACCACUGUUAAAAUUUUUUCUUUUCCCCUAUCCCCUAUACACACCCACUGCACUAUACGUACAUUUUCUCAGAUUUUUUUUCUUCGAUGGUGAUGCGCAUAGGAUUUAGCAGCAUCGUGUGGACAUUUUUGGUACAAAUGAAAAAAAAGUUUUGACUCUUUGCCGUAGAGAUUUGUGGUCAUGGCGUAGUCAAGUAAAAAUUAGGACCACAGCUUCUGUUAUUAAGUUGUUUUAGAGAAGUAUUGCAAGUUAAAAGGUCAAAAUUCUAAAAUAAUGAUCCACAUAUAACUAGAGAACAUACAAAAACAUAAUAAAUCUUCUUUAAUAUAACAUAAUAGAAUACUAAAGAAUAUAUGAAAGGUCUUCUAUUAUUCUGAAGUGGCAUUUUUAUGUUGUUUACUGAUCAAAAAAACUUACCUAGAAUUAUGUUUUUUUAUUUCUCAGUAUUUUGCAAAUAUUAUUUCAUUCAGAUAAUUUCACCACUAACAUUGCUGUUACUACACAACACUAAUGAAAUUGUAUUUGAUGCUUCCCUUAUCAUUGAAUCAGUUAGUGAUUUAUAUAUGUGUAAAAUCAUGACCUGUAGUUAUUCUCCACACACAGUAUUAUUUUAAUGAAUCCAAUGUGAAAUGAUACGAUGAAGAUGAUGAACAUAUCUAAUGCAUUAUGAAAUGUCUUAUGUGGUCUACCUCUGUGGAAUCCAAGAGAAGCUGUAGUGUGUUGCCAUAUAUUCUUGUUAGUACAGGUAUGUUGUAAAUUUGAAUUGAUUUGUUCUUGUGUAAAAUAUAAGAUAAAAUAAAAGAAAACCUAUGAACUACCAAGUCCAUGGUGUCCAACAGUAGUUGUGUAAAGAAUGUGUAAUAAGAAAAACAGGGUUCCUGCACA